AUGGAAGAUUUUACGUCCGGGUUCCCUCCUCCUCCAUUUUUUUACAAAAAUUAUUCGUUUAAUGACGAUAGUGAUGUAAUUUCGACGGUGUGUGGACCUGCGAAUUUGUCCACCGCAACUUGUGGAUCCGAUGCGGCUGAGGAUGGGAAUGUAGACCUGAGCGGUCUGGUUUCGGGUCCAAGCCAUCCUCCACCGCCCAAAGGGUCAUGGUUUUGCUUUGGCAUUGAAGAGAAGCUUACGCCUGAUGCCCAUGAAUUGGAUUCGGAGACCCUUAUAACCGUAGCAGAUGCCGACCCGGAUCCACGAGUACACUUUAAGGUGUUGUAUGGAGACUUUAUGGAUUCUCUAUUAUUGUAUUUGGGUCGUUUGAAGGACAUGGACCCUGAUUCCGUUUCUGAUAUCAAGCGUUUUCUUAAGAUUUAUAUGAAUCUUCAACAUAUGCUCUCCUCAUUCUCUCAGAGGAAGGCAGAGGACGAUGUCAUUCGAAUGCUGAGGUAA